CCCAGGUUGACAAAAUUGCCCAUUGACUUGCUCCCUGAGUGGCUGUGACCCAGCUGACAUUCACCGGUUCCUGUUUUCGACCUCGGCCCGGUUUACUUUGCUGUCGUCGUAGCAUCCAUUUCCGCCUUUCCCUCUCCCCUCACCACAAUAACUUCAACUCUUCACCACUCGGCAUUUCACCACAACCACUCUUUCGCCUCCGUGACUAGCAUUCUUGUUCCGACAAUACUGUCCAGCAUCAUUCUUGAAUAGUCAAGAAUCCGUCACUCGUUAUCCCAUCUUGAGAUAUUCGUCAUGAUUUUCACCACCCGCAAGGCCAUCGGCCACCGUGCCUCCAUCCUCAAGUCGAUGAUCGGUUUGGCUCUCUGUGCUGUCACUGUUGUCGCCGGUAGCAAUGGCAUCGUCGCCCGCGGUGAUGAGGUCCAGGUCGGCACUCUCUGCACUACCUCUUCCAUCAGUGUUCCCGUAGUCACUGCAAUCUCCUCCACCGAGUCGAGCUGCACUGGCGGGUCAGUCACCGUCACUGUGACCGUCACUGCCCUCAACAGCGAUGACCCCAUGCAGACCGCCGGUCCUCCCUUGUCUGGCUCUCUGUCCAGUGGCGAUAACAUGGUCGGCACCGUCACAGAGACUGUCACUUCAACCGGCACAAUCACCGAGACCGCCAUGGACUCUACGAGCACCGACGUCGAGACCACCACCUCUGAUCAUGGUUACCUGCCGUUUAUCGGCUCCAUUUCCUCCAUCCCCGAGCAGCCCAGCACUGUCAACACAAUCUCGAGCACCAACACUGCCACCAAGACUCUGACUGACACCGUGUCUCUGUCGGCCAACUCGACUGUCUAUGUGAGCACGACCGUCACUGUCGCCACUGUCACAGUCAGCGACACUGCGGGCACAAUUGGCACCAUUCUCCCCUCUCUUGGACACGGUAACGGGAACAGCACCUUCACCUACUCUGUCCCCUCGACUUCGGUCUACCCCUCGUCCGGCUCUGCCAACAAUGGUGGCGGCCGUGGUGCCCAGGUUUGGUACUGCAUUGUCAUGGUCGUUGCUGUGCUGGGCUAUGCUCUCUAAGCAGUCAUGAAAAUCAUGGUCAUCAGUUAGGGGUAUCUCUCAGUGAUAGUAGAUAGCAUAUUUGCAUGGUGCUAUUUCGAGCGGGAGUUGAUAGAGUUGUGCCUGAAUAACUCGAGUUAGGUAGUCGGCAGAAAUAUAUUGGGUGGUUGCCCAAUGAAUAAUAUCGUGCAUCAGUGUUCUGUGAUGAUUUGAAGUGUUAUGGGAUUAGUGAUGAUCAUUCUUG